AUGAAGAGGUGGACCACAUGGAGGAAGACAACGAGGCGAAUUCCUCGUAGGAACGUUCAUGUCAUAUAUAACCGGGGCAGAGAUAGCAGCGUAUUAAAGGAAAGAGAAAGUGAUACCAUUGAAAUGAACGGAGUAGUGGACCAAUGUCUGGCCAACACAAACUUUGUGGUUCGAAUUCCAAAUGGAGAAACCUUCUUGUGCUUCAUCUCAGGAAAAUUAAGAAUCAAUAAGGUAAAAAUUAACCUCGGGGACAUGGUUAAAAUACAGAUUCAUAAGUUGAACUUUGAGAAGCGCAGGGGGAAAAUUGUGUUUAGGUAUUUGCAACACGCCGCACUGGGGGGGAAGAAGGGGUGA